UUUUAGGUUGAGGUUAGGAUAAAAUUCAAAAUAAAUAUUAAAUAAAUAAAUAAUUAAUAACUAUGUUCCAUGCAAUUAAACAAUCUCAUAAAUGCUUUCAUAAGUCAUUCGCAGCUUCUUGCAAUUUGCAGAUUGUAGGAUGGUUUUCCAUUGAUAUGAAGCAUGUUGAUUUAGAAAAAAGGCGAAAAGAAGUAAUGGCGAAAGGAUUACCAAAGCAGAAACCUAUUAAGGGUGUGAAGCACAUUGUGCUUGUCUGUUCUGGAAAGGGCGGUGUCGGUAAAAGUACUGCUUCAGUAAAUUUAGCUGCAGCACUGAAAAUAAUUGAACCCAAAAAGGGGGUAGGUUUACUAGAUACAGACAUUUUUGGACCAUCGAUACCCCUUAUGAUGAAUUUACACGAAGAACCUUUUUUGACCAAAGAUAAUCUUAUGGAGCCACUAUUAAACCAUGGUGUUAAAUGUAUGUCGAUGGGAUUCUUAAUUGGAAAAGAUUCUCCUGUGAUAUGGAGAGGCUUGAUGGUUAUGCAAGCAUUGGAAAGGCUGAUGCGCCAGGUAGACUGGGGUGAGAUUGAGUACCUGAUAGUCGAUACACCUCCAGGUACGGGAGAUACUCUUUUGAGUCUUAUACAGAAUUUGCCAAUUUCAGGUGUUGUGUUGGUAACGACUCCACAGUCGGCUGCUUUGCAAGUAACUAAGAGAGGUGCGAUGAUGUUCAAAAAGUUAAACGUGCCGUUGAUAGGUAUUAUAGAGAACAUGAGUUCUGUUAAGUGUACCUCGUGUUCAACAAAUAUAAAAAUAUUUGGAGAAGGGACGAACGAGUUAGCCAACGAUUUAGAGUGCAGUGUUUUGGGAAGUUUUCCCUUGAAUGAAGAAAUAUCGUCUACGACAGAUAGAGGGGUACCGAUCGUCGUGGAGAACACCGAGGGCUGCGACAGUCAACUCUAUAAGAAGAUAGCUCGGGGCGUUGUAAGUUUUUUAAAUAAAAGCUAGUCUGAAUUG